AUGGCGAUUACUAUCUAUUUCAUCGCCACUAGCCUCCCUGACUGCCUUGCCUCCGUUCGUGACGCGCUUCUUCUGAAGCACCCUAGCGAGCUCACUAUCGAGGUCCUUGAGUCUGCGCUCAAGGACGUCGAGAGCAACCUCCGCUCGGUAGCCUCCGCCUCUGGUGCUGUGCCCCCUCCACUGUUUCACGGGUGCACUGUCCCUCAGCUGCCCACCUUUACUGCCUCCCUCGCCACUGCCGCUACUGACGUGACCGCAGCUGCUGUUACGACUUCUGCGCGGUCUAGGGGUAGGAGUGGCAGGAGGGGCGGUCAGGGUGCGGGCGGAGGCGGCGGAGGCGGCGGAGGUGGCGUGGCGAGCGGCGGUGGCGGGAGUGCAGGAGUUGGAGGAGCGCCUCGUGCAGCAGCUAGUAACUCGAUUGCUACGGCUGGUGGAGGUGACCCUCGGGUUCGUCAGGCACCUUCUAGUCUGCAGGUGCUGGAGUGGCGGCUUGGUACCUGA